AUGGGCUCAGGAAACAAAUUACAGAGUCAAAAGAAGGGCCCUGGGAACUUAGGAGAAGAAAGGGAAAGCAUCCACCAGUUGUCUCCUGUAUGUACCCUGACCAGGGAUCAAACCUGCAACCAAGAUGCAGUAAGCUGGGCCCGAGGACUCCCCAGUCACCCUGACACACCAUCCAACAUCUACGAGGGAGGGCUGGGGGCCCAGCAGCAGCAGUGCCCCAGUGCCCAGGGAAGCAAGCCCAAGAACUUCCGGCUGCGCCACCUCAGGGGCCUGCCACUCUACCUGCCAAGCCACGUGCAGCCUGCUGGCCAGUGUGAGAGUCACUGGCUGGGCCGGCUCCUGGCAGAGGGCUGCCUCCUAUGGCCUGAGGGCAUGGCCUGGCCCCUAGACCUGCCACAUGGGACUCUGAACCCAGAUAACAGCCACCACUCAGCCAUUCUGGAAGCUCAACUGCCCAGGGACAGCCUGGGAAAUACAGCUUCCAGUUCCAGCAUGGAUCUAGCCAAGGAUGCCCUCUCCCAGCCUGGUACCUCUGAAGGCUUGGCGUUCAGGCCCAAGAGGUCCUGGGAAGCAUCAGAGGAGUCUAAAUGUCCACUGUGCAAGAGAACCCGCUCUGGGCCUAUGGAGAGGCCACAGGGAUCCCAGGGCCAGGGCUGGUUCUCAUAGCUCAGGACAGGAGGUGAAAAAUGACCCAGGAAGUGGUGGAGGAGGCAGGUCUAGAGAGGGAGGGCUCCCCCCCACCAGUAGCCCCUCCAGACUGAGACACCUGCAGCUGCCCAGCACCAGAGCCUGGGCCAGCCUCAGGAAAACUCAAGGGGAGGGAGGGGGAGGCCCUGAAGGAGGGACAGAAAAACCAGAAGCCUGGGCAUGCCCUUGCAGCCUGCUCCAACUCGAGUCAACCACUUUACUUGGGAGGCCAGGCUGAGCAGAGUGGAGCUCUCAAGAGGUACAGGAGCCCACAGGUCUAAUCUCAAUAAAAGCCAAAGCCUGCAUGCAUCUCUGUCCUUUGGCCAUCAAGCCAGUUCAAUUAGGGAAACAGUCCCUUGGCACCCGUGUUUCUGAGGGCAAGUUUCUGUGUCCUUGGUCCUGUUGAUAUUUGAGACCAGAUUAUUCUCUGUGGUGGGGGCUAUCAUGUGUGCUGUAGCAUGUUUAGUAGCAUUUACCCACUAUAUUCGUCUAGCUCCCUUUGCCCAAUUGUGGCAACCAAAAGUGUCUCAAUAGAGUCCAAUGUCCCCUGGGGGCAGCACAUGCCUGAUAUAUGUCACUGGGGCCUCAGGCCUGCCAGGGGAGGAUGGGAGCACAGAUACUGGCUUCGAUGACCCUCACUGUCUGGCUGACUUCCAGUCCUGGCAGCCUGGGGUGGGUUAGGGCUGAGCUGCCCCUUUUGGGGGCUCCUGCCAGACCCACAUGAUAGUGUCAAUGACACUCUGGACACCAGGACAGCUGGGUUCCUCCCAGACUCAGGGGAAUACUACUUUAGGCCCCUUCCCUGCUCCUGUAAUCUGGUUCCACCCUGAACAUUGCAUAGGUCCCUGGGGCAGCAAAUUCUGGAGACUUUGGUCCCUGAGCUGUGUUCAGGUUAUUAGUAGGGGUGUGGCCCUUGUCAGUGGGAGUCAGACUGCAGUAGCUAGAGAGCAGCCAUGAGAAAGCAGGUGUUUGAGUAUUCCAGCUGUGUCUGGGGCAGGUGUGUGAGGGACACAGCCACCCAGCUGGUCCAUGAGGUGAGCCUCAUGGGGUGUCAGAAAGGGCAGCUGCCUUCUCCCACCACCCCAACACUCACUCCCCCAGAAGGCUGAGAUUGGGGGACCUGAGGGACCACUGCUCAAGACAGACAUUAGGGAGCCGUGCCAGGUAGCAGGCAGGUGGCAGGCAGAAGUGAGAACAUGCCAGAAGCCCUAAUACUCAGUCCUUGGAGACAGUUACAUCUCCCUCCCAGCCUACUUUUUGAUUAUCUGUGGCUCAGAGAAGAGCACAGGGUUUGAGUCUCAGGAUGCCCAGACUACGGUGGCCUCCGCUGGGCCAUGUCAUGGUCCUAUGUAGAACUCCCUAUGUAGAACUCCCCGCCCUUCAUUUGGGACUGGCUCUGUCUCUUGCUUUACCAAUAGAAUGUGAUGGAAGUGACAUGGCAUCACUUCUGGCAUAGAGGAGGCCUGGUAGCUUCGUGUGUAUGUUUGUAUGUGUGUGAAGUCAGUGUUCAUAUAAGAAGCCCUUACAUGGUAGGAAACCAGCCCACCUAGGGGAGGUCACGGCUGAGCUCCAGGCCACCUGAGUAGACCCUUCAGCCUGUUGAGCCACCCUCCCUGAAACAUGGAG